UCUCCCGUCUUUGAUCUGUUGGUUAAGGAUGUUACCGGACCAAUGGAGCGCAUUUCGCGCCUCCGUUUUGCUGGCUUGUGUGAUAAUCUGCAGUAACGUGCUAUGUCCCGUCGGAGCCUUUCUAUACAACAACCGCUACUCAGGGGAUCAAGUGUUCAGGAUCACCCCGAGUGAAGACGACCAGGUCCAAGAGCUCAAGAGAAUCCUGGGACACUAUGAGGUGGACCUCUGGCAGCCCAACAGCGCUGCUUUAAUCUGUCCGAAUAUCACUGUGGAUGUCCAUGUGAGACGCAAUGACACGCGAGCUUUACACACACACUUGAAGCAGGAACGUAUUGAUUACCGGGUGUUCAUCUCCAAUCUGCAGAAGCAGAUUGAGAAGCAGACGGGGCAGCGCUCCUCCCGGAAGCGGAGGUCCGAGUCUCAGUACGACUACGAGGUGUACCACUCUCUGGAAGAGAUCCAGAGCUGGAUGUUUGAGAUGAACAGAACUCACUCCGACCUGGUCAACAUGUUCUCCGUCGGGAAGUCUUACGAGGGCAGAGCGCUCUACGUGCUCCAGAUAGGAAAGAGAAGUCGUCAUCAGAAGAAAGCUGUUUGGAUCGACUGCGGCGUCCACGCCAGAGAGUGGAUCGGUCCUGCGUUCUGCCAGUGGUUUGUCAAAGAGGCCAUCAACUCGUACCAGUAUGACUCAGUGACGAGACGACUGCUCAACCAGCUCAACUUCUACAUCAUGCCCGUCUUCAACGUGGAUGGGUAUCAGUUCAGCUGGACGACGGAUCGGUUCUGGAGGAAAACUCGGUCCAAAAAUCACAAGUUCCACUGCAGAGGAGUGGACGCCAACAGAAACUGGAAGGUGAAGUGGUGUGAGGAGGGUGCCUCCUCACACCCCUGUGAUGACACUUACUGCGGUCCCUUCCCCGAGUCCGAACCUGAAGUCAAGGCCGUCGCCAAGUUCCUGCGCAAACACAAGAAACGUGUGAAAGCAUAUAUAUCCAUCCACGCCUACGCCCAGAUGUUGCUUUACCCCUACUCCUACAAAUACGCCUCCAUCCCCAACUUCAGCUGCGUGGAGUCAGCGGCUCAGAGUGCGGUGACGGCUCUGUACUCUGCGUACGGCGUGAGGUACAGAUACGGCCCGGCCUCCACCACCCUGUAUGUUAGCUCGGGCAGCUCUAUCGACUGGGCUUACAGGAACGGGAUCCCGUAUGCGUUCGCCUUCGAGCUGAGGGAUACAGGAUACUUCGGCUUCCUGCUGCCCGAGUCCCUGAUCAGCCCCACCUGCACGGAGACGAUGAGGGCCGUGAAGGCCAUCGCAUCCGGGCUGCUGAAGAAGUGUGAAACUGACAAGGACAGAUUUCCAUAUAUAUGAGCUCCACCUCCACAGGUUCUGAUCUCCACAUCUGCGGAUAUCAUCAGGUAUCAUCAGAUAUCACCAGGACCAGCAGAGCACCACUUUUAAUUUGCUUUCCUUGUGUUUGAGGUUGUUCGCCUUAUUUUUUCCUUUUCUGAUGAGAUAUGAACUGUUGGUUCUCUGCAUUAAUAAUAACCAUGAAUGCUAUGAGCCUGUUUACAUACAUUAAGAUCACACGGUGUCCUGAGCUGGAAUCCUUUAAAGCGUGUAAUCCCCUCCUCAGAUUCUUCAUUGCUCUCCUCUUACACAAAUAUUAACAAUGCAGACUUUUGAUAAAGCUGAAUCAUAUGAGCACUUGUCACGAAACAACAGCACUUUUCUUUUUUUUAAAGAAACAGCUGAGAUUUAAAUGUCUUCCACAUAAUUGUUUUAAUGACCUUAUCUCUGUUUUUAUCCUGAGGGCGUUUUAUUUUGAAAUGAUUCCUCCCA